GUGGGAAGAAGAGGAGAGAGACGGCGUGUGUCGGAUCUGCAAUACUGUAGAGGGAGGUGGUGGGGCCGCUACUGCGACUGCUGUACUGGUGCCUGUGCUGCUGUCCCUCACCCUGUAGCUGGAAGUUAGCCGGCGGAUAAGAUCGAAUAGCGGGGAACGCGCAUGCAGCAUGCCGCUCUCUCCUGCGCCGGCCUAACAGCCGUGCGUCGUGCUCCAAAGCUGGCUGAGCCUUCUUUGAUUGCCCUCUUGCGUGCUACUCCGCGCUCUGACGCUGCACAGCACCGCACCGCACCCAUCAAAAAAGUACGUCCGGUCCGUACGUGCAAGGUCAUCGUGGGCAUGACACAGUCGCAUAGUCUGUACUGUGACUGUGGUCAAAGAAAGACCCACAAGCUUUCAUUGCAGCGAAGCGUCGGAUGAUCCGUCUGUGCUGCUCUUCCCGCGAAGAUCUCCGGCGACCGUGUGAAGGGAGCAGCGGGGCUAUCUCUGCGACUCGCGUCCACUCACGACUUGACCUGCGAUACGACC